AAGGGUCCGCUUGAUUUUGGCGGGUAAGUUCUGUAUCCAUUAACCAGCUGAUUUUGGCUUGUUCUCUCUGCAGCUCUGCUUUCUUCUCUGGCUUCUGCUAUGUGAAUUUCCACUUUCGUUUCGAUCUUUGCUGAAAUCGUUUCAUAAAAUUCCGCUGCAGAUUCUGCUCAGGAGAAGAGGGAAGCUUGUUGGGUCGUAUCAGAGUUGAUCAAAAGAUUGCUCUGGAGUGAAAAAAAGUAAGAACAUUUUGUCACCAAUUUUUUUUAAUCUUUGAUUCUCCCAUGGCUCCAUGCUUAAUUACGGCUACCUGCUCAAGACUUGCAAAACCCUGUUUCAUCCUCCCUUGGUGUAGUGGGCUGGGAAUGAACAGAAGCAAUUUAUGGGGUUGCCAAAUUGCAUGUCUGUCUGUCUAGAAUCUAGAGCGAGCUACAUUCCCUAAGAGGUCACAGAGACAGGCAGAAUUAGGCGAUUUCCUAUCUAGAAUCAAAGCUAGCCCUGAUAUGAGAUGUGAUGAGACAAAGGACCACUGAAAUUUAUGGACCUUGGGAUGAUAAUUCUAUUAUUUACGUCCUCUGACUUUUUUAUCUUAUCUCCUCUAACCCAAAUAUUGGCAUUUUCCUUGCAAAUGGGAAUUCCUAAGGCCAUUUUAUCUCUGUGGUAGCUAGGUAUUGAAGUGAGGAAAUGGUAUUUAACUAUUUAUCGUAGCUAGAUUGCUCAAAUAGCUUAUACGUACUUCUUCUGCUCCUCAUCUAGUCUCCAGGUUUCCAAUCCGCAAACCAUGAAUCCUGGUGGUGGGUAUACAAUUGAAGUAACAAGCUUGUCCCAUAAAGCUACAGAGAAGGAUGUCCAUGAUUUCUUCUCUCACUGUGGUACAGUUGAGCACAUUGAAAUGGUCAGAUCUGGCGAAUACGCUUGCACUGCGUAUGUGACAUUUAGAGAUGCCUAUGCUCUUGAAACUGCCAUCCUCCUCAGUGCAACUCAUCAUGUGAACCACUUGGCUUCCAGCCCAGGGGAAGCCGUGACAGUGGCACAAGAAGUGGUGAAAACGAUGCUAGCAAAAGGAUACGUCUUGGGGAAAGACGCGCUGGUGAAGGCCAGAGCUCUGGACGAGUCCCACAAGGUGACCGCUGUUGCUGCAGCGAAAGUGGCCGAGCUCAGCAGCAGAAUCGGGCUGACGGAGUCGAUACAAUCGGGGAUGGAGACGGCGAGAUUUAUCGACGAGAAGUACCACGUCUCGGACAUCACCAAGACGGCGGUGCUGUACACGGGAGCGGCAGCCGUGACUGCAGCCACCAUCACGGGCCGGACUGCAGCUGCAGCGGCCCAUGCGGUGGUGAACAGCAAUUACUUCGCCCAGGGCGCGGUCUGGGUCUCGGAUGUUCUGGGCCGUGCGGCCCAUGCAGCUGCGGAGUUUGGACAUAAAGAGGGCAAGUAGGGAAUGGAGAAAUGGAAGGUAGUUAUGUGUGUUUUGGUGAAUAAAAAAUGGUCCAUUGUUUCAUUGUUUGUGUCAUAUUCGACCAGCCUAACACUAGGCAUGAUGUUAAAAAUCAUCUCAUGGUUGUGACAAAGAAAACCCCUCUUCUAAUCAAAUGUUUUGCCAGCCUAGUUCUUCGUAUUAUGGUCGGAGGUCGGGACAUUUGUUCGAGGUUAUCUCAUCUCUUCUGAUAAAAAAAAAAACUAGCUAGU